UCGAGCACAAGAUUUGAAAUCGUCUUCGUUGAGACCCGUUUGCCAUCUCUGUUCUCUUUUAUUUUCAGCAACAGAAACGCCUUUGAGUAGUGGAAACUAUGAAUGAUGACACCUGCGAAUUAUUUGAAAGAGUUGCUCAAAAGAUGGGGUGGACGGAUAAGGGAGGACUGGACACAGCAGAAAAGAAGCUGAUAAGCACAAUUGGCAAGACUCGACGUGCUGCCACAAGUGGACAUCGACCUGUGGAUCGAACAGCUGUGCCUGUCCUGCCCGGCCUCUCUGGAAGCGAAGACGAUUCAGAGAAGGAGAACCAGCUCUCCAAGGGCAGUGAUUACAGAAGCAAGUCUUUGACUGAGUCAAGUGAUGAUGACUUUGACCAAUUUCUUGUGGGAAGGGCUACACCGAAAGCUAAACCUGCCACACAGAAAACACACAGCGCUGCAAAGAAAGACAAUCCAAAUGUUCUUGUGGUGAGCUCGGAUGAGGACGAUAGUUUUGAGACAUUUCUGCAACGAGUGAAAACCCCUAAUACCAAGCCCAAGAAAAUAUCUGAGAGCGGGAGUGAAGACAGCCUCAAAAACUUCAUAGUGGAUGACUACUCAUCAGAUGAUGACUUCAUUGAGACAAAAUUAUCUUUUAAAGUGCCUAAGAAGAGCAAUACUCCCGCAGCCCAGCUUCCACUGUGGAGACCACUGUCUCAGUGUGACUCCCCAGUCUUUGUUAGUGACAGUGACGAUGACGAUAAUAAUAUUGUAGUCAAGAGCACUUGGAGAACUCGUCACUCAAAACCUAAACCCCCGCCAAAAGCGAACAAGAAUAGUGCUCCGCUGUGUGAUAAAGAUGUCAGUCCACCAUCAGUGCCUUUGCCUCCUUUCCCUUCUCCUUUUUCUCUUCCUCCCCACAAAACUCCAACACCACUGGCUUCUCCCAAGCGUACUUUUUCAGCACCUUCUAAGCUGGAUAAUUCGACCAGUUCUGAGGAGGAGUUCACGUCCCUGCUGGAGAGACUGAAAAAGAAAAACAAAUUCCCUGGUACUUCUUUCUCACCUAAGAACACGAAAGAGUGCAGUAAGGAGCCUCCUGUGGUAGUCCCUCCUGUAAAGGGACUCGCAACACCAGUCUCUAAAACAUUAAGGGAAACACCUCUGCAUGUGAAAACACCAGGGAAAUCCAGCAUCUUGAAGCCCACAGUCAGUCAGACAGAGCCCAGACACGGCCCCACCAGCAGGGUAGUUGUGUGUAAGACCCCAGGCUGCUUCUUGCAGUCACUUUCAAACCCUGGCUCCAGCUAUGUCCGCAGUUUUAAACAGAACAAGGAAGACCUCACCAGUAAACUCUACCAGCUGUACAAUACCAGUGUAUUUGACAAUAAGCUUCCUGCUAGUAUGUCAGUGACCUGGAAUAAGAAGAUGCGGAAAACAGCCGGUUACUGUAUCACAGGGCAGGAGCGAGGUGGAGGAAGCCGCUACGCCCGCAUUGAACUGUCAGAGAAAGUCUGUGAUUCUGCAGAUCGUCUCAGGGACACGCUGAUCCAUGAGAUGUGUCACGCUGCAACGUGGCUGAUAAAUGGCGUAAGGGACGGGCAUGGAAACUUCUGGAAGCUUUAUGCUCGCAAGGCCACAGUGGUGCAUCCUGAGCUGCCCAUGGUCACUCGCUGUCACAGUUAUGACAUUAAAUACAAAUUCCGAUACCAGUGCACCCGCUGCCAGAACACCAUCGGGCGUCAUUCCAAGUCACUGGACACGCAGAGGUUCGUGUGUGCCCUCUGCACAGGUCAGCUUGUCUUGCUGACUCCCUCCAAGCCGCGUGCUCCCACGCCUUUUGCCAACUUCGUCAAAGAGAAUUAUGGGACUGUACGACAGGAGCUAGCAGGACAGAGCCACGCAGAGGUGAUGCGUAAGCUUAGCGCAGACUUUGCCUCCAAGACUAAACUCAGUCAAAGCUGAGAUGUAGCCUGUAACUGUACUUAAAGCUGUGGACUGAGCUGCACAGCCACAGGAGACCUGUUCAAAUUCUCAAAUACCUCAGUGAACUAGUCUUACAGCAGUGAGAAGCUGUGAUUAUUAAUAUUGAGUCUGUUUCUAUGUUUUUUAUUUCUGUAUUUGUUGGUAUGUGAUUAUAGACUGAACCAGAGGGAAAACUGAGCCUAAACAGCCAGCUGAUGUUCUUGAGUAUGUUUUUGUACAAUGGUGUGUGUGUGUGUGUGUGGAUCAGGCUGUGUCAAACAAUGAAAUUCAUACCACCUGUUAUCGCUGGUAUCUGAUACAUUCUGGAGAUCAGUACAAAUAGAUCCAUAUAUUUUUUUAAAUAUUUGAGCGGUUUGACUUUCCCGUUGUAAGUAAUUUAAAUAAAGUUUAAACUGUGACCUUUCA